AUGGUUGAUCAACGCGAAAGUGCGCAGACGAGUGCUCCAGAGGCGCGCGAAGACAUUGGAAACAACGAUGUAGGUGGAGGCGGGAGCGGGCAGCCUGGCGGCGGCAAAGACAGUUUGGGCCAGUGCAACGUGUCGCAACCGCCAGUGGUGCAGCCGCUGGUGGGCGCUCACGGACAGCAGGUCAAGAGGAGGAGAGUGACGAGGGCGUGCGACGAGUGUCGGAAGAAGAAGGUGAAGUGUGACGGCCAGCAGCCGUGCAUUCAUUGCACAGUGUAUUCGUAUGAGUGCACGUACAACCAGCCCACGAAGAGGAACCAGUCGCAGGCGGCGGCGCGGCUGGGCGGCGAGGGGAGCGGUGCCAGCGGUGCCAGCUGCAGUGCGGUAGCAGGAGCAGCUGGGGCUGCUCCUGCUGGUGCGGCUGGUUCGACGUCGAGUGCACAACGCAUCCCAUCGCCGCUGCCGGGUCUCCCUGCUCAUCAUUGCGGGGGCGCGGGCGCGGGCGGCGGCAAGCGCCACGCCAGUGUGAACACCAGUGGCAAGUUGGCCGCGCAGCUGAACAAAUAUAAAAACCUUGUUCACGAGAUCCUGCCCCAGCUGCCGGACAUCGAUUCGUUGGAUCUUCCGACGUUCUCACAGAUCUACCAGAACUUCAGCUCGGACAAGGGCGAGCAUUCGUCCACCCUCGAUGAUACGAUCAAAGAAUAUAACCUGAUUGCCAGCCACGCCACGCCGCUGUCCUCGACGACUACGACACCUGAGGGCUGCAACUCGAACUCAAAUGCAAAUUCGAUAAAUUCAUCGCAUUUUCUAAACUCAGAUAUAGUGGAAUCAAUUGACGGAUCCAUCCAAUCGACGGUUGGUCGGGAAAUCAAGAUAAUUCUGCCCCCGAAACCAAUAGCGCUGGAGUUUAUGAAGAAUGCGUGGGAACACUGUUGUGUGUUAUUGAGAUUUUAUCACAGACCGACGUUCAUCAAACAGUUGGACGUUCUCUACGAAAGCGAUCCUCAGAAUUACACGCACGAUCAAAUGGAGUUUUUACCGCUAUGCUAUUCCACUAUGGCGGUCGGUGCACUCUUUUCAAAAUCAGUCAACACCGACUCGGAUGAGGAGAAUGACGACGAAAUGAAAAGUGCGAGGGACAAAUUUCUGGAGGAUGAAGGUUACAAGUAUUUUAUUGCAGCAAGAAAAUUGAUUGACAUCACCAAUGCAAGAGAUCUUAAUUCCAUUCAAACUAUAUUAAUGUUAUUCAUUUUUUUGCAGUGCUCUGCGCGUUUAUCGACAUGCUAUGCGUAUAUUGGUGUUGCAAUGAGAAGUGCUCUGAGAGAAGGUCUUCAUAGAUGUUUAAGUCAAGAUUCUGGAUUUUCACCAAUCGAAAUUGAGAUGAGGAAAAGACUGUUUUUCACAAUUCAUAAAUUAGAUAUUUAUGUCAACGCGAUGUUAGGUUUACCAAGAUCGAUUGCACCUUGUGACUAUGAUCAAGUUUUACCGGUUGAAUUGGCAGAUGAAAAUAUCACGGAGGAGGGAUAUUUCCCAGUCAAUCAAAAUGGUAUAUUGUCCAGUGCCGGUAUCGCUAAUCAACAUACGAAAUUAAUUUUGAUACUUGAUAUUAUUGUAAGAAAAUUAUAUCCAAUUAAGAAGACAAACAAUCUGAUUUCACAUGAAGAUGUCACAGAAUUAGAAUUAAAGUUGAGAAACUGGUUGGAUGGUUUACCCCCAGAAUUGAUACCAGGUCUGGAGAAUGUACCCAAAAAAUACGAAACUGCAAACCGAUUACUACAUCUAUCCUUCUUACAUGUUCAAUUGAUUUUGUACAGACCAUUCAUUCAUUACUUAUCAAGGAAAGUUGUGGCUAACCAUCCAGAUUCUUUAUCAAUCCAAAGAGCGAGAAAUUCUAUAAGCGUUGCAAGAACAGUUGUUAAUUUAGCUAAAGGAAUGGUGAAAAAAAACUUACUAAUGGGUUCAUAUUGGUAUGGUAACUAUACGAUUUUUUAUUCCGUUGCAGGUGUAUUAUUUUACAUUCACGAGGCUGAACCAUGUGAUAAGGAAAAUGCUAAAGAGUAUAAUGAAAUUUUAAAAGAUGCUGAACUUGGUAGAAAUAUAUUAUUACAAUUAAAAGAUUCAAGUAUGGCUGCUAACAGAACUUAUAAUUUGCUAAAUAAAUUGUUUGAAAGAUUGAACUAUAAAACUAUCAGACUCUCGGCAACUCACGGAAUCUCUACGGAUAAUAUAUCUCAACCACAAACAAUGCCGCAACGACAACGACAACAACAACAGCAACAACAGCAACAGCAACAACAACAGCAACAGCAACAACAGCAACAACAGCAACAACAGCAACAACAGCAACAACCUAUCGACCAAAUACGAUUAAGUGCCGAUCGUAAUGAUAGUGGAACCUCCAUAUCUCAACAAUCCAACCCUUACAGCCUAGAAACCUAUAUUGAUGCUAAUUUCGCUGCUGGACUACAAAAUCAAGUAUCACCUCAGGCCAAUAGCUCAAAUCAAUCACCAUUUAAGGGAGUUACCAAUACAGCCAAGACUAUAAGUGGUGUGAAUACAAUAAACACUGCUGCUACUUCCAACUUUUCGAAUAAUGAAAAUGAUAUUUUCCUUAAUUCAGAUAAUACACCAUUGGAUGGGUUAUUCAUGUUUGAUAACAAUCCGAAAGAACUCUUUAGUGAAGGUACUUCGGCUGAUAAUUCACUGAAAGGACUUGAUCAAAUAUCUCUAUCUGGUGAUCAAAUAAAUGGCAAUAAUGCUGGCGUAUCACCAAAAUUAAAACAGGAACCAAUUGAUUCUGAAUCGUACAUUCCUGGUGUGUUUGAUCAAUUAGAUAUUCAAUUAUUUGGUAGAUACUUACCACCAUAUAUGUCACAGCAAAACGGAAACGACCAACAGACAACUCCUCAAAGUGACUUCAAGCAAUAA